AUGAGGUACAUUAUAAAAGGUGGUGUUUGGAAGAAUAGUGAGGAUGAAAUUCUUAAAGCUGCUGUUAUGAAGUAUGGGCUCAAUCAAUGGUCACGUAUUUCAUCACUGCUGGUUCGAAAAUCAGCCAAGUAAUGUAAACAGCGUUGGUAUGAAUGGCUUGAUCCAUCAAUCAAGAAGACAGAGUGGACAAGAGAAGAGUAAGAGAAGGUCCUUCAUCUUGCCAAGAUAUUUCCAAGUCAAUGGAGGACCAUUGCACCAAUAGUUGAUCGUACUCCCAUGCAAUGUGUUGAGCAGUAUGAAAAACUAUUGGAUCUGGCUCAAGGCAAAGAUCUAAAUGAUCCAAAUGAUCCCAGGAGAUUGAGGCCAGGAGAAAUCGAUCCAAAUCCAGAAACCAAGGCUGCAAGACCAGAUCCUAUUGAUAUGGACGAGGAUGAGAAGGAAAUGUUGGCUGAAGCUAGAGUCAGACUUGCUAACACCAAAGGUAAGAAGGCCAAGAGAAAGGCAAGAGGAAAGUUGAUUGAAGAGGCUAGAAGACUGGCUUUGUUAUAAAAGAAGAGAGAAUUAAAGGCUGCAGGCAUUCAAUAUAUUAAUCACAGAAUUGAGAAACAUCAUAUCAAGUUGCAAGAUCGCAAAUACAAAGGUAUCAAUUACAAUAGAGAAUUGGCCUUCGAAAGAACGGUUCCUGAUUUCGUACAUGAAACAACAGGAGAAGAACCAGAACCUGAUAAAAAGAUUUCAAAUGUUAGUCUGUAAGCAUUGGAAGGGUAGAGAAGAGAUGAAGAAGAAGAAAUUAGAAGGAAGAUCGAUUAAAGAAGAAUUAAGAAAUUAAAAGAGAGAGAGUUAGAUUAAGCUGUUUCAUUCUAAAACAAAUAUUAAGUUAAAUUCACCCCUUAAACUAAAUUAUAAUUGCCAUAACCAUAAUUGAAGGAUUAAGAUUUAGAAUUAUUGGGUAAGAUCAAUGCAGUCAAUGAAAUAUCUGAACACACAACCUCUGCUACUAGAGCACUUGUAGGCAACUACUCAACAAGAGAUUAGAGUUAAUCAAACAUGAGAACUCCUAGAGCACCUAAUACAGUUUUAAGAGAGGCUCAAAAUAUUAUUGCUUUAUAACACACAGAAACUCCUCUUGUUGGAGGAAUGAAUAAUCCUAUUGACAUUACCAAGAAAUAUUGGAAAUUAAACUCCAAAUCAAUUGGGCUAGCCUAGUUAAAAGAGACUCCAAGACGAUAGGUUGAAUCAUCAAAUGAUGCCUUUGGAAUUAAUAUCGAAGAAUACGAGAGAGCAUGGGAAGAGCCAAGCCAAAGUGUAGCCUAUGUCAAUGCUGAAUAAGAAAGAUAAUAACAAUUAAAGAACGAGUAGAAGUUGAAAGAAAUGAUCAAGCAGAAGUUAAAGUCAUUGCCAAAACCAAAGAAUGAAUUCACUAUUGAAAUUCCUAAUGUUGACAAUGAAGAGCAAAAAGAAAUGGAAAUUGUAAGAUAUUAAUGUUAUUCUUAUAGGGAAAUGGAUGCUGAAGACAAACUCAAAAUCUUGAGACAAAAGAAAUUGAUUGACUAAUAGAAAAAAUUCAGACAAAAGACAUAGGCUCAUUAAAAGAAUUUACCCACACCAAAAGAAUUGCCAUCAGGACAAAUUUAUGAAUAAACUUAAGAUUAAUUUAGAAAUGAAAUUGAAGAUAUCCUCAAUUACACAGUUAUUUAAUUGAUUAAAGAGGAUAUUUAUGAUAAUUCAAAUGGAUUGGGAGAUAUUUCUGUAGCUAAGGAAUUAUUAUAAGAUGAAAGGUUAAAAUUGUUGGGAGAUCAGAAUUUGGAUAAUAUUGAUUAGAUCUGGAAUAGAGUUAGAUAAUAAUUAUAUUUUGAUUACGAAGAAAAUAAGUUUAUUAAUAUUGAGAAAUUAGAUGAAGAAGUGAGAAUGGCUAUAUUUACAGAAUAUUUCAGAAGAACAAGAGUAUAAUACGAGAAACUAAAUAAAAAAUAAUAAUUCUUUGCCAAUAGAAUUGCUAAAUUAAUGAAAGGGUAUGAAAUGAGAAAUACCCAAUUAGAAAAGGAAAUUUAAUAAUUGAAUGAUAAAAUAGGCGAAAUUGAAACGAACAAAGAAGUAGUGGACGAUGAGAGACACAUAUAUAGAGAUAGAGUUUAAGAAUUCGUUAAAUAUCACGACAUGUUGUCAGUGAAGAGUAAUGAAUUGUAGGAUAAAUAUUAAUAUUUGACUAAAUAACUAUAGGAAUUAGAAUAAGAAUAAGAAAUUUUAGCGUGA